AGAAAUCUGCAGCUCACAGAAUGAAGAGAUCAAAAUGAUGCUGCCUGUAAAAAGGGAUUAAACGUAAGCAAUCUGUAGUCAGCUGCGGCAAAUCCGCGGCUCAUUACUGUUCUACUUUUCUGUGCAAAUAUUUUUUUAAUGUCUAAUGCAAUUAUCUAUGAGGGUUAGGUUUGCGUUGUUGUAACUGCACGCCAGCUAAUGACAGAUGCAUCGUGCUCACUUUCUCCGUUGCAUUGGACGGGAAUUGCAGCGGAUGCAGGCAGGCCUUUAAUACGAUCUGUUGUUUUUGUUUCUCCCCAUCUGCCGGUCUAGUCUGGGCGCCACCUCGCUUGGAUCCGCUGCUGGUGGAUAAUACAGAUUUGCCACCGGGGGUUGAGAAAGGGAGACAUGCCGUCGCUGAGCAUCCGUUGUGACGCUUGACUGACCAUGAUGAAGACCGAAUCCACAUCCAAGAGCACCGGCUCUGGCUCUACGCUCAGGAGCCCAUCCCCGCACAGGAACGCGUACGAAGCGGGGAUGCAGGCCCUGAAGCCCGUCAAAGACAAUGCUGCGAACGGGGACAUGCAGGAGGGCCCCCGGGGACGCAGGUACGGCUCCAACGUGCACCGUAUCAAAAACAUGUUCCAGCAGAUGCAGACCACAUCCCCAGCCGAUGCAGAGGGAGAGGAGGGCGCCAGGAACGCCGAGAAAUCGGUGCGCCUCUCCCUCCCCAGAGCCGGCAGCCUGAACGAGAACGUGGACCACAGCGCGCUGCUGAAGCUGGGGUCCACCGUGUCAGAGCGCGUUAGCAAGUUCGACACCACCAAACCGGAGAAUGGGCACCCGAGGGCCUCGUCACCCAGCUACUCCAAGCUGCAGGAGACCCGCCGCAUCUUCGAGCAGCAGCAGGAGAGGCAGCAGCAGGAGAGGCAGCUGCAGCAGGAGAAGCUGGCCACCACCAGAGUCCUCCUGAAGACAGACAAGGCCUCAGGCUUCCAGGACGGCAGGUUGGACGUGAUGGCUCGGUUCAACGGCAGCACAGAGUCCCUGGACAGCCUGGACACCAGCGAGGCUGUGUCCCCUACAGUGAGCCAGCUCAGUGCUGUGUUUGAACGGGCAGCCGAGCUACGGAACAACCUGCACCGCCUCUCCUCUACCCCACCUCUCCCGUCCAGGGGGGUCAGCGCCAAGGUGGGUGUGUUGAACUCCAAAAUAAUCACAAAGAGGGUUUGUGCCUUUGCAUCAGGCCACCAGGAGGAUGAUAAAGGCCAAGAUGGGCCUCCAAGGGGCCCCAGGGGGAGGGUGACUCCUCCAUCUGAUGGCAUUAAUGGGGGCCGGAGCGCCUCAAAUGCUGAACUUUACAGUACUGUAGGAGAGCCGCAUGAGCAGCGAGAAAAGACAGUUUCAGAUGCAGGUGUAGAGGUCAAACCUGAGGAACACUAUGGGGCCAAGGGGUCCAACAGCACAACACUGCAAGGUGACAUCCACAUCUCUGUGGAGAACGGAGAAACUGCUGCUGAGAAGCAAAGCUCUCCAAGGGGCGACGGCGGCAUGGCGAAGGAUGCUGAGGAGGACGAAGACAGGACUGUGAGGGACGACCAGUCGGGGCGCGACUCUGUGGAUAUCAGUACCUACAGCGCGGUGGGGGAGGACUUUGGAGGGAGCCAGGUGGAUGAGGAGGAAGAGGACGACCGCUAUGAGCCUGAGUCCAGCUGUGCAGAGAUCUCUGGGCUGCCUGUGGAGGAGGACCCGCCCCCUUCCAGGAAGAUCCGCUUCAGCACAGAGCCCAUCAAGGUGUUCGCCACUUACCCCAACGAGGACUACGACCGGCGUAAUGAAGACGUGGAUCCCAUGGCGGCGUCUGCAGAGUACGAGCUGGAGAAGAGGGUGGAGCGGCUGGACCUGUUCCCCGUGGAGCUGGAGAAAGACGGCGAGGGCCUGGGCAUCAGCAUCAUCGGGAUGGGAGCUGGGGCCGACAUGGGCCUGGAGAAGCUGGGCAUCUUCGUCAAGACGGUGACGGACGGAGGAGCAGCUCACAGGGACGGCAGGAUCCAGGUGAACGAUCUGAUUGUGGAGGUGGACGGGACCAGUUUGGUGGGAGUCACCCAGAACUUUGCCGCCUCGGUACUCAGGAACACCUCAGGAACCGUCAAGUUUGUGAUCGGGCGAGAGAAGCCGGGCGAGCAGAGCGAGGUGGCCCAGCUGAUCCAGCAGACCCUGGAGCAGGAGCGCUGGCAGAGGGAGAUGAUGGAGCAGCGCUACAACCAGUACAUGGACGAGCAGGAGGGCGGUGAGUACGGCACAGAUGAGGAGGAGGACGACGAAGAGGAGGUCAGCCCGUCGUACCCCAGCGCCAUCGAGGUGUUCGACCUGGCGGAGAACGAGGACAUGUCCCCUCUGGAGACGGACCCAGAGAAACUGGCACACAAAUACAAAGAGCUCCAAAUAAAGCAUGCAGUGACCCAGGCUGAGAUCCAGCAGCUCAAGAGAAAGCUGCACCACGCAGAGCAGGACAAGCAGCGCUGGCGUAUGGACAAGGCCCAGCUGGAGCAGACGCUGCAGGAGAACAAGGAGCGUAUGGAGAAGCUGGAGGGCUACUGGAUGGAGGCGCAGAGUCUGUGCCAGGCGGUGGACGAGCACCUGAAGGAGACGCAGUCCCAGUACCAGGCCCUGGAGCGCAAGUACAGCAAAGCCAAACGCCUCAUCAAGGAGUAUCAGCAGAAGGAGAUUGAGUACCUGAAGAAGGAGACGCAGCGUUGUGCACAAGUCGGAGAGGAGGCGUCUCUGCUGAAGGAGGAGUCUGGACAGCUUCAGGAGCAGGUGGCCGACCUGGAGUGCCGGGUGGAGGAGCUGAAGUCUGAACCUUUAUAAACGCCUUUUGUCCGUUACGUAUCUCAGAAAGCAGAACUUCACUGAACAAACGAAGGAGAAAGUGUUAAUGUAUGUGCAACGACCUGCAGGGUAUUUCUCGUCGCAGACUGUAAAUGUGUCCUCAGCCACUUUUAACCCUUUUAACCCUGUUUUUCUGUUAACAUUUACGGGAACGUGAAGAAGAAGUUUCAUCACCGCGGCAGACACGCGGACUCUGCUGAGCUCUAGAUGUACUGUUCCCUUUUCAUUUCCAGAGUUCAGUAUUUAACCCCUUAAUUUGUGGUUUUGUGACGGACCAGGCUGUUGCUUUUUAAUUGCCAAAAAACUAAAUCCCUUUUCAUUCUUUUGCCUAGUUUUGUGACCUUUAUUUUUUCUCUUCUGAGUUUGUACAGAUGUGAUACUGUGUGGUUUAACAAUCAAGUUUGGUUUGUAAAAAAUUUUAAUAUGUGUAUAACAUUUAACAUAAUAUAAACUAAUGAGAUUGAGGGUUGUUGUAUAUUUUACGUGCUGAUGAAGAAAAGAGAUUGCACUGGAGAAGACGUCGACAGGGUUCUUCACUGGAACAAAGGAGGAUAAACGGGAAAAGUGUUUUGAGGUGUCUUAGAAAUUGUACAAACAGUAACCCAACCUUCGUAGGGAUCGUGUCACUUAACCUUGAGAACCACCUGCUGCCUACCUUUCAGAAGUGUUUGUGUAUUUUUUACACACUAGGACUCAUUAAUGAGCAAGGUCCAAUCCUCCGGUUUCAACCCCUCGCUUCUUGACAAAAAAAAACCUAAAAAAAAAAAAAAAAAAGGACCACGAACAGAAACAAGCCUCCACAAUCUGCUGUGCCACAAAUGAAAAAUGGAUCUUUUUCCCCCUUUGAAAUGGAUGUUGUCAAGGAACUUGUGUAACUGGUAUUAGUUAGGACUACUGAUGUAAGAUUUCAUUACUGGACUGAGAUGUUAAAGGAGCCGUUACCAGCAGCAAAAGUUACAGAUUUUAAACAAGCUCGUGUCUCGAACCAGCAGCUGCACCGACAUGCUGUGUAGCACAUGGAAACACUGCCAGGGUCACACCUGUUUCAAUCUACGCACAGUUUAAAUUGAGUCUACUCGUGUUAAAACUGUCAUACCGGUAUGUUUGUAUAGUUCAGGUAAGACUGAAAUAUUUUAAUUUUACUUAAUAUUUAUAAUAAUAUAGUCAAGGUGGAAAAUAUGAGUUAACAAAAAGGACAAAAACUGACAGAAGCAAUGUUCAAUAGACAAGUUAUAUACUGUGUCAUUUAAAGAAAUGUAGAUCUGGAUGACUACAAGAACAAAAUUAAAACUUAAAUUAAUUGAAAAAAAAACAGGCAUGUUAUGAGUAUUUUCAUAAUAUUAAGGCUUGUACAGUGCACAUGCUUUGCAUUGUAUGUUUUGUGGAAUAAAUGGUCAACAGUGAA